AGUGGGGGGGGGUAUGCGUAUACUAUCCUACAUAGGUACUACUGUAGGUAUGUAGUAGAUAUUCGUAACAUUCUAGUUCCAUAUCUAUAGUCCGUACAUAAUGGAUCUAUAUAUACCUAGGUAUAUAUAUACUAGCUAGAUAGCAGUAUCGUGACAAUUUUGUAAUAUCUAGUGAAGAAAAAGUAUCGCUCUCAUCAUCAUCAUCAGCAUUACACACUAAACACCAACACCAUCCACCCUUGUGUUGCGUAUUGUACUUCGUACCUACAUCAUACAUAAUGCCGGAAGCGACCUCUAAUGGCGCCUCUACUCUUCCUCCUCCUCCUCCUCCUCACCCCCGCCCCACCCCCUCCAACAUCCUCAUCAUCGGCGCCGGCGUCUUCGGCCUCAGCACCGCCCACGCCCUAACCCAGGACCCCUCCUUCGCCUGCGCCUCCAUAACCAUCAUCGACCGCUCCCCCGACGCCGGCGUCUUCCCCUCCCCCGACGCCUCCUCGAUCGACUCCUCGCGCAUCAUCCGCGCCGACUACGCCGACCCCUCGUACGCCGCGCUCGCCUCCGAGGCCCAGGCCAAGUGGCGGCAGACCUCCUCCUCCUCCUGCUGGGGCGGCGAGGGGCGGUACACCGAGUGCGGCUUGCUUCUCGCAGGCGACGACGGUCCCUUGUCCACGGACGACGGCUCGCUGACGGGCAUCGCGUACGUCAAGAAGAGCUGGGUGAACGCGCUGGCGCUCGCGCACAAGGAGGGGCGGCCGCUGAGCUCCGUGCGCGUCGUCAAUGCGCCCAAGUACGUCGCCAUGGUGUCCGGCACCGGCGGCGCCUUCGCCGACUGGGGGUACCUGAACCAGGCGAGCGGGUGGGCCGACGCCGAGGCGAGCAUGAAGUGGUUGUACGAGCGCGUUGUGGCGACGGGGCGCGUGGCCUUCGUCAACGGUACGGUCGAGAGCCUCGCGGUAGACGAGGGCGCGAAACGGGUGACGGGCGCACAGCUAACAGACGGCACGACGCUAGCGGCAGACCUCGUGGUCGCAGCAGCAGGCGCCUGGACGCCAUCGCUCAUAGACCUCUCGACGCAGGCCGUAGCGACGGGCCAGGUCCUCGGCUACAUGGACCUGACCGAGGACGAGCAGCAGCGGCUCGAGAAGAUCCCCGUGCUCCUAAGCCUGUCCACAGGCGUCUUCGUCAUCCCGCCGCGCAACCGCGUGCUGAAAGUCGGGCGCCAUAGUUACGGGUACACAAACCCCAAACCGCCCUCCAAGCCACCCUUACGCGCUUCAGGACCCGACGGACCAGCACCUCCCGCCCUCGUCUCCCAACCGCACACACACCUAGACGAAGCGGCGCUCUCGAUCCCGCUGGAGGGUGAACAGGCACUGCGCGAGAGUCUACGAAGAAUCAUACCGUGGCCCGAACUACCAGACCGGCCAUUCUCUCGCACACGUCUGUGCUGGUACACGGAUACCGCUACGGGGGAUUGGCUUAUCGACUACCACCCGUACUGGGACGGACUGUUCAUCGCGACCGGUGGGAGUGGGCAUGCUUUCAAGUUCCUACCCGUCAUUGGGGAGAAGGUGGUGGACUGUAUCAAACAGAAUCCCCCACAAGAAUUUAAAGAGAAAUGGAGGUGGAGAGCAGACGGGAAUACUGGAGACUACGUGGUUACCAAAGAUGGGAGCAGAGGAGGAUUACACGGGUUAAUUCUGGACGAGGAGCAGCAAAAAAAAGUACAGUAAGGGACUCGGGAGUAGGUCUGACAAAUCACAAUUAAUUAAUGCAGUCACAAAAA